GGCAUCAGUGUGCGUCGGGAACUGUUCGCGACUGUCGGAGGAUUUGACGCGAAGAGGUAAUGUUGUUUUUGUAGUAUUUAAACAUGUUUCUGCCACGAGCCCUGAAGGUGAAGAGACCUGCCGAGGGAUCGGCUCAAGUUGUGGUUAAGAAAAGCAAAGUUGUUCAAGAGGAGGAUAGCAAAAGUAGCUCCGAGACACCUGCUCAGAGCGAGGAAGCAUGUGAAGACACCCAAACACGAGAUGCGACAACACACGCAGCUGCAGAGAGCUUAGCGCCCGAAGAUGGACACAGCUCCCUCUCAGAUGAUGGUGAUGAUGAUGAUGAUGAGGAGGAGGAGGAGGAGGAACCAGUGAAAUCAUUUAAAAAGAACCAGAGAUGGCCUGGGCCAGGAGAACCUGUCUGUGUGAUGUGUGGUCGCUAUGGAGAGUACAUCUGUGAUGCUACAGAUAAUGAUGUUUGCAGUCUGGAAUGCAAAGCCAGCCAUUUAGUGCAAAUGGGCAUGGGGACUGGGGCAGAUGCAUUUAUGCAAAAGGACCAAAAUAGACAUGAAAGGACUGUUCAAAGUCAACAGCCAGCUGCUGACCCUGGUAGGGUGGUUGAAAGUGAACCAGGCUACUCCUACAGGGAAGAUCGGUUCAUAUCAGGCCUAACAGAGGAGCAAGUGCAACGAAUUAAACAGGAGCUGGGCAUAGAAACCCAGGGGAGAGAUGUCGCAAGACCUGUUGUUGAAUUUGAGCACUGCAGCUUCCCUCCCACAUUAAGCGGUAACCUGAAAAAGGCGGGGUAUGACACACCUACCCCAGUCCAGAUGCAGAUGGUCCCUGUUGGCCUCACAGGCAGGGAUGUGAUUGCGAGCGCUGACACAGGAUCAGGGAAGACUGUAGCCUUUCUGCUGCCAGUGGUCGUGAGGGCACUCGAGAAAUCAGCACACAGUGUGGGCAGCCCUGUGGCUUUGAUCCUGACCCCCACCAGGGAGUUGGCCAUUCAGAUAGAGAGACAGGCCAAGGAGCUUGUGAUGGGACUCCCCAAUAUGAGAACUGCCCUGCUGGUCGGAGGCAUGCCGCUUCCCCCACAGCUCCACCGCCUGAAGAGCAGCAUCAAAAUUGUCAUCGCUACUCCUGGGCGGCUCAUUGAAAUCUUGAAGCAGAAAGAGCUGAAGCUUGACAAAGUGAAGAUUGUGGUGGUUGACGAGGUGGACACUAUGUUGAAGAUGGGCUUCCAGCAGCAGGUUCUGGAGGUUCUUGAGCAAGUCCCAGAAGAACAUCAGACUCUUCUGGCGUCGGCCACCAUCCCCACCGGGACGGAGGAGCUGGCUGCCCGGUUGGUCCGUGACCCUGUACGUAUCACUAUUGGGGAGAAGAACCAGCCGUGCGCCAACGUCCGACAGAUCCUGCUUUGGGUAGAGGAACCUUCCAAAAAGAAGAAGCUGUUUGAGAUUCUCAACGAUGGUAAGCUGUACCAGCCUCCAGUGGUAGUGUUUGUAGAGAGUAAACUCGGCGCCGAUCUGCUCUGCGAGGCAGUCGCCAAGGUGACGGGCCUCACUGCCGUGGCAAUCCACUCUGACAAGAGCCAGUGGGAGCGCAACCGCAUCCUCCGGGGUCUUCUGGAUGGUGACUUUGAGGUAGUGAUCAGUACAGGUGUUCUGGGCAGAGGGCUGGACCUGGUCAAUGUCAGACUGGUGGUUAACUUUGAUAUGCCAAACACAAUGGAUGAGUAUGUCCACCAGGUGGGAAGAGCAGGUCGGCUUGGACACAGAGGAACAGCCAUCACUCUUCUCAACAACAACAACAAACGGCUGUUCCUGGAGGUGGUGAGUCGAGUCAAACCCACUGGCUCCAUUUUGCCCCCUCAGCUCUUAAACUCACCGCACCUCCAUGAACAGCAAAGGAGAGAAAAGCAGAGAAACAAGAAGGACCACGAGGAUUCACUGGUUACCACAAAUAACCUCCUGGACAUCAUAAAGAAACAUGACCGUCGCAAGAAGUAGCAACUUCUUCCAAUCUUUCAUGGAAUGGUGCUUAUUUAUUGAGUAACCUGUAAAUGUUUAGUUUGUAUAUUUCAUUUAUAAAUAAAUACAUGUGU